AUGGUUCUUACCUAUUCAGUCUCGACUAUCGAAGCUGCGCCAAAAAUCGACAGCUCCCUCGAGUUUCUGUUCGCCAAAGUGAUGAAGAAGCAAGAAGCGAGCCGUCUUCACACGCUCAUGGAGCUCAUCAAUCGUGCCUCGCCAGCCGGUGUCGAAGCUGCCGUCCCGUUCUUUGCCGAGUAUGAGACAUUCCGAUCCGACAAAUCGGCCAACUUCUUGAACGACGGAAACGGACACGUCGUUUUUCGCCAAUACCGAAGAGCUCGACUCUCAGAUGUAAUGACACUUUCUCAUGCUGAGAAAAAGCUUGAAACGCUUGAAGAUUUAUUCACAAACAUUCAAAAGAAGCACGAGGAGGUGAAGCAAAGACAGUUAUUCGGAUAUAUAAAUCGAGCAGUGCCGUAUGGAAUCGAUCCAGCUGAGCCGGCGAAAGCAGAAUAUGAAACAUUCAAAUCAGACAAGUCUGCCAAUUUUUUGAGUGAUGGAAACGGCCACGUGAAAAUGAGCUUGCGUCUUAUUGAAGCAGACCCAGAAGUCGAUGGGAGAAAAUCUAUAGAAAGUGAAAUUAAGAAGAGAAAAGGCGAUGAUCAGUUUGAAGGUAUGAGAGAGAUUGUUCGAAAUUUGUAUAGUAUCCCGCGAGAACAUCUUGAGCUCUCCGAAGAAGAAACAAGAGUAUUGCAGUCUGCAGGAGGAAUUAUGAAGGUCUACCCAUUUCACGAAGAUUCAAAAGUGCGGGUACCUGCGCCGGUAGAAUCAUUCGAGCAAGCUUUCGGAAAAAAUGAUGAAUUAAUGAAAGUUAUAAAUAAGGCAGGUUUUGAUAAGCCGACGCCAAUUCAAGCUCAAAUGUGGCCAAUUUUGCUUUCUGGAAUUGAUUGUAUCGGAGUAUCACAAACCGGUUCUGGCAAAACCCUCGCAUUCUUAUUACCUGCGUUUCUUCAUAUUGAUGCUCAAUAUAAGUUAUAUGGACCCAAUGAAAAGAAGCCAUGUCCAUCAGUUCUUGUCCUUAGUCCAACUAGAGAGCUCGCUCAACAGAUUGAAGGGGAAGUGCAGAAAUAUUCGUAUAAUGGAUACAAAAGUAUUUGCCUUUAUGGUGGCUCGAGUAGAAGAGAACAAGUUGAUGGAUGCAAAGAUGGCGUAGAAAUUGUGAUUGCCACUCCAGGCAGACUUGCUGAUUUGUCUGCAGAGGGAGUCAUUUGUUUAAAAACUGUGAGCUAUGUUGUAUUAGAUGAAGCAGAUCGAAUGCUCGACAUGGGGUUCGAAGUUUCUAUUCGUCGAAUCUUAUUCGAAAUUCGUCCUGAUCGUCUAGUCGCUCUUACCAGUGCAACUUGGCCUGAAAGUGUUCGUUCCUUAACCGAUCGUUACACCAAAGAUGGUGUGAUGGCUGUUAAUGGAUCAUUAGAUUUGACGAGCUGCAAAUCUGUCACACAAUAUUUCGAAUUCAUUCGUCCGGAAGAUCGAUUUGAGAGACUUUGUGAAAUAAUUGCCCAUUUAAAUAAAACUCUCGGCAAAAACUUCAAACUGAUUAUUUUUGUAAAAGCUAAAGUCAUGGCUGAUCAUGUUUCGUCUGAAUUUUGCAUGAAAGGUAUCAGUUCGCAAGGUCUUCACGGCGGCAGAUCGCAAACAGAUCGAGAGAAUUCUCUCCGAAAUCUGCGCAAUGGAUCGGUUCAGAUCCUUGUUGCGACUGAUCUCGCGAGUCGCGGAAUAGAUGUACCCGAUAUUACGCAUGUAAUUAACUACGAUUUCCCCAAUGACAUUGAAGAAUAUGUUCAUCGUGUGGGUAGAACAGGCAGAGCUGGCAAACGCGGUGAAGCUCUGAGUUUCUUGUGGUGGAGCGAUCGCAGCAAUUUCAAACCGCUUAUCUCAAUUUUAGAAAAAAGUGGCCAAAGUGUUCCUGAUAAACUAAUAUCCGAACAGAGACGUUACGAACACAAACUUCAGAUGGGUACCGAUAAACCUCGACAACCUUUCCGCUACCGAAAAAACGACAACUUUCAAACAAAUUAUUGA